UAGCCUGCCAGGCUAUUGGAGUGGCUCGCUUCCGGGCAAGUGUCGUUCAGAAAAUAUGCCAAAUUUUAGUGUUUUAUAAAUUAAUAUGAAGAUUAUUUUGGUUUACGUUUUAUUAACACUAUGUUUGUCCGGAACAGCAAAUACAGCAAAUGUAACAACAGUAGCCCCGUUCCCGCUAUCGCCAUGCGCUCCUCAAGGCCGCGGAGACGUGGACUUCCAGACAGUGGAUCUCAUAGCAGUGUAUCAUCUCGAUAGACCCGAAACUGUUGGAGUGACAAUGGUACAAGGGUCCCAGGAAUUGCAGAGGGCUUACAGGAUUAAUGGUCGAGCUAACCUCAGCUUGCCGUUACAACAAGUGUUCCCAAGCGGUCUGCCGGCUCAUUUUAGCGUGGUCGGCACCUUCAACGCGCAUGGACAGCGAAGGCCAUGGAGCCUCAUCCGGGCUCGAUCCAAGAACCUGCUCUUCUCGCUGACAUUAAUGCCCAUGAUGAACAAACUGGCUGUUUUCGUCGAAGGUUCUCGGGUUAUUUUUGAUAGUUGGAAGCUGUUUUCACCUGGCUGGCAUAAGCUCCACGUAGCUAUUACCAACGAUACAGUGCACGUUGCAGUAGACUGUGUUGAGUUAAAGCCUGCAAACAUCACACUCCACGACUUCAGUAACGCUACAACAGUAACUAUUGUCACCAAUGAUGAUGGAACACCAGCUCCUAUUGAUCUCCAAUGGCUUUCGCUCAGCUGCAACAAGUACAAACUCAACGAAGACAGCUGUGAAGAGAUCGAACCAUCAGGAUAUCUCAUAGCAUCGCCAACACCGCCGUAUGAAUUUGAGCCAUCGCCUAAUACCCUACCCACGUUGUCGGCCGCUUGCAAUACUACUUGUCCUCCGGGUCCCAUAGGACCACAAGGACCCAGGGGUGAUCAAGGUCCAAGAGGAUACACUGGUUUACCGGGUGUAAGAGGUGUCGAAGGUCCCCCAGGAUUGACGGGUUCACCGGGCCCUAAAGGGGACCCAGGAGUUCCAGGACUUCCAGGAGUUGUUGUUAAUGUAAGUAUUGUUCAUUCAGGGCUUCCAAUGUUCGUUUAUAUCUAUUUUAGUUAUAUGGUGUAUUAUUAUGCUUCCGUGACAUUUAAUAUAAAUUGUAGCGCUUUUUUUAUACGUGGUUUGCCCGGUCUACCUGGUCCCACAGGACCGCGGGGUGAAAUGGGACCGCGUGGAUUCCCAGGACCGGCAGCUAACAUUAAUGCUUCGCUGAUUCAUGGAGCAAAAGGUGAAAGGGGGGCUACAGGUCAUCCAGGAAGAGAUGGAACCCCUGGCGAUAGAGGCCCUCCAGGGUUAGCUGGUGCCAGGGGACUACCUGGUGUAGACGGUGCGACGGGCAUGCCAGGGUUACCAGGGGAAAGGGGUCCUGUUGGGCCAUCAGGGCCUCCAGGGGAAAGAGGACCUGAAGGGCCACAGGGUCCCGAAGGCAUUCCCGGGCGACCAGGUGCCCCGGGACCUCCAGGUGUUUCAACACCAGUGGUGUCGGGGGCUAGCCUCCCAGGCCCUCCAGGAACUCCAGGUGAAAGGGGAAUGAAACAGUUAGUGUCACUCUACAGCAUUAGAGGACCCAUAUAA